AUGGCUGGGAAUAAAGGAAGGGGACGUGCUGCAUAUACCUUUAAUAUUGAGGCAGUUGGAUUUACCAGAGGUGAAAAGUUACCUGAUGUAGUACUGAAACCACCCCCAGUAUUUCCUGAUACAGAUUAUAAACCAGUGCCACUGAAAACAGGAGAAGGUGAAGAUUAUAUGCUGGCCUUGAAACAGGAGUUGAGAGAAACAAUGAAAAGAAUGCCUUAUUAUAUAGAAACACCUGAAGAAAAACAAGAUAUUGAAAGGUAUAGUAAGAACUAUAUGAAAAUAUACAAAGAAGAAUGGGUGCCAGAUUGGAGGAGACUCCCAAGAGAGAUGAUGCCAAGGACAAAAUGCAGAAAAGCAGGCCCCAAAUCGAAAAAGCCAACAGAUGCCACCAAAGUCGCUUCACUCGUUAAUAGUGCAGAUGUGUUGAAAAAAAUUGAGGAAUUGGAAAAGAAAGGUGAUGGCGAAAAAUCAGAUGAGGAAACUGAAGAGAAAGAAGGAAGCAAAGAGAAAAGUAAAGAAGGCGAUGAAGAAGAAGAAGAUGAUGCUGCAGAACAGGAGGAGUAUGAUGAAGAGGAGCAAGAAGAGGAAAAUGACUACAUUAACUCUUACUUUGAAGAUGGAGAUGAUUUUGUUGCAGACAGUGAUGACAACAUGGAUGAAGCAACCUAUUAG